AUGAGCUGUGCACGUACCACUGGUAGCUGUGUUUUUCAGCUGGCAGUUCUUAUACCAUUCUGCCGUCAUGGAUCGUCGUCUUUGCAUCAUCGGCAGCUACAAGUCGGGUGCUACAACCGCACUUGUCCGAGGGCGGAAAGGCUCAUCCGCAACGUCGUGCUGGCCGCCAUCCGCCGAGACCCCGGCAAUGGCCCGGGCCUCGUUCGCCUCUUCUUCCACGACUGCUUCGUCAGGGGGUGUGAUGCAUCCGUGCUGCUCGAUGCUGCCCCCGGCAGCAACGCCACCACCGUGGAGAAGUCGUCGCAGGCCAACAGCCCAAGCCUCCGUGCGAAGCGCGUCGUGGGGCGGCGGUGCCGGAGGACCGUCUCCUGCGCCGACAUCGUCGCCUUCGCCGCGCGCGACGCCUGCGGCAUCAUGGGUGGGAUCGACUUCGACGUGCCGGCGGGGCGCCGCGACGGCCGCGUCUCCAACGUGUCCGAGGUGCUCAGCAACCUGCCCCCGCCGUUCGCCAACGCCUCGCAGCUGGUCGACAGCUUCGCCGCCAAGAAACUCACCGCCAACGACAUGGUCACGCUCUCCGGCGCGCCCUCCUUCGGCCGCUCCCACUGCUCGGCGUUCUCCUUCCGGCUGUACCCGCAGAUCGCGGCGGACAUGAACGCCACCUACGGCAGGUUCCUCCGGAGAAGCUGCCCCGCGGCGACGGGGCGCUGGGACUGGGUGGUGGACCUGGACCCCAGGACGGAGCUCCUGCUCGGCAACUUGUAUACUCACAAUGCCGUAAAGAUCAAAGAGCAUAAGGACCGCACCAACUUGAGGUUGAGAAAGCUUGAGGAGAGGCAAAAAGAAAUUCAUGCACAUUUGAGGAUUGAGCCUCCUUGCUCACCAGUAGCUUCCGAGGAAGAAGUGAGUGAUCUCGAGGCUUUUGAUAAUCCUUGGACUUGGUAUGAUGAAACUCAAGCUAUUGUUGCUAGUGUUGGAACAUCUACUUCUGCUCAUGCUCAAGUUAGUGAUGUUGAGGAAGAAACCGAAGAAGAAGACGGAGAAGAAGAUGUUGGAGGUGCCGAGGAAAGCUCCAAUGGCAAGGACGAUGAUGACUACGAGGAGGAUAUCAACUGA